GCGGCAUGGAGAUUUGCAGACCAUCGAGCACAUGAAGAGAAAAGGAAGAGAAGACGGACUCCAUAAACGGGAGCGUCAUUAAGUAUGCAAAAAAGAGUGAAGGAGGAAUUGAUGAAGGAAAGAGGGAUGGGAGGGAUCGAGGACUACAAGGAGGAUGAAGAGGAGGAGGUAGAGAGGAAGGAGCAAGAAAGGGGGCACGAAGAACGCCAAGGGGAGCAGGAUAAAGAGUCUGCGGAGCAAUAUGAGGAGGAGAAGGUGGAGGAGAAGCAGGAGGAGGGGAAGGAAGAAGAGUAUGAGGACAAGGAGGGAGAUGCAUCAUCACGGAGGCAUGAAGAACCCCAAGGGAAGCAGGAGAAAGAGUCUGCGGAGCAAUCCGAGGAGGAGGAGGUGGGGGAGAAGCAGGAGGAGGGGAAGGUACAAGAGUAUGAGGACAAGGAGGGAGAUGCAUCAUCACGGAGGCAUGAGGAACCCCAAGAGGAGCAGGAGAAAGAGUCUGAGGAGGAGGAGGUGGAGGAGAAGCAGGAGGAGGGGAAGGAAGAAGAGUAUGAGGACAAGGAGGGAAAUGCAUCAUCACAGAGGGAUGCUGUUAUCCAGGUCGGGAGUGGAAGUAGGGGGGGAGGGCAAUCUCGCGAACGUUGUUUAAACGAACAAUAUGACUCGAUGGACAAAAUGGAUGACGAUACUGUCGGAAGAGAAAAUUUGGUGGACGAAAUACUUGGGGGCGACAGAAUGGGACGAGAGGGGGAGAGGUGUAGUGAGGAGAAGAGGGAGGAAGAGCAGUUAGAGGGGCAGCAAGACGAUCUGCAGGGGGAGCAAUCUGAGCAGUUGGUGGAGGAGACAGAGUCGGAGGAGGAGAGGAGGGAACGACGAUCAGGGAAGAGGAGGAUCAUCCCAGGUGGACAUGAGUGGAGGGGGGAAGGUCAAUUAAGCGGGAAAGAUGAAGAGGUGGACAUUGAUGAAGAGGGUGGGAUGAAAGUCAUAGGGACAAGUGAGAGGACAAGAGGGAGGAGGGUACUGAACAACCGAGAGGCAAUUGAGCUCUGUAGUGGAGAGGCGAGGUUAGAGGACAUCAGCGAAGAUAUUGAGGAAAUGAGAAACGACAUGGAGCAACCGGAUGAGGACGUGAGAGGGGCAAGACCGGAGCAAUAUGAGGAGGUUGUUGAAGAGAGCGGUGGACAAAGAAGUGGGAGGAGGGGAAGACGAAGACUAUUGCACGAAGAAAGGAAUGAAGAUAGCGAAGAACUAAGAAAUGUGGCAGAGAGACGGAAUGAAACAGAGAGCAAGGGAAGAGCACCACAUGGAGACGUUGCUGAGGAGAGCAUGAGAGACGCGAGGGGCGGUGAGGGAGGAAAGGGAACGAGUGGGAGGGGAAGGACAAGGCAAUUAAAUGAAGAGGGGGUCGAAGUUGGUGAUGGAGAGGAUAGCGUUGAUGAAGGCAAAUAAGAGGAGGACGAGGAUGGCAUAAAGGAUAUGGAACCGGAAGAUUUGACUGACUUGAUGUCGGAUUGGACGGGUGAGAGAUCAUACUUCAAGAGCGGCGACAGAGUGGACCAACAAAACCAUGAAAUGGUU